AUGGAAACACCAGAUAUGACAAAUUAUAAUAAAUCAUCAAAAGAAAAAGAAUCAUCAUCAUCAGGCAAGACAAAUAAAGAUUCUGAAUCUGAUCUAGUAAAAUCAACAAUUUCAGAAGAAACCUACGUACAACAACAGCAACAAGAAAAAAAUGCAAGAUCGGUUGAACAAACUAUAGCGGAACAGAUUCUUAAUGAAGGGAAUAAGGAGGAAAUGGUGGUGGACGAGGGCAGAAUAAAUGAUAGUAGUGAAAAUGGAUCAUUUGAUGAAGAACAAACAAGCAUCUACAAAGAUUAUGAUAAUGUUAACGGUAAUGAUGGUAGCGUUACCAAAUAUUUUGAAGAUAAAAUCUCAUUACCUUUUAACACGCCAAGGAAUGAAGAUGAUUAUGAAAAUAUUUUCAAUCAGAUUAAACGGAGAAUUGAAUCAUUGUUUAAACAAUUGUUUCAUGCCAAUUUCGAAGAGAGAAUUGAAAACAUAAGACUAGAUUUGCACAAAGAUUUUGAAUUGUUUAAACUGACGAUUAAAGAACUGUUCAAAGAUUCUAAAAAAGAUGAAAAGUUAUCAGAAGAAAAAGAAUCGACCGACAAUAACAACAACAACAAUAAUAAUAGUAGAUUAAUUAGAAAACACGAGAAAAAAAUUAGCGAAAAAGUUGAUAACGAGAUUAACGCAAUUAAAGAUGAUGUUGAAAAUAUGAAAAAUGAAAUUCAAAAAUUGUCUGAUAAAAACGAAAUUUUAGAUUUGGAAAAUGUUGUACAUGAUUAUAAUAACAAAUUCCAAGAGACUGUGGAAAAUAUUUUAAAUAAAAUCACAAAAUUAGAUUAUGAUUUCGAAUAUCUUGGUGAAGAAGUGAAAAGCAAAGAAAAUAAAUUUGAUAAAAGAAUUCAUAAAUUAGAGAGAUACAUUGUUGAUGUUGGUAGUAAAUUGAUCAAAGAAAAACAAACCGAAGAUGUUCGAGAAUUGAUUCAAAUUUUAAAAGAAUUGACAACCAAUUUCAAUGAGAAAUCAACAAAAAUAAUAACCGAAAAUGUAUUUGUCAAACAUUUAAAAGAUGAAAUUUCAACAUUAAAAGAGAAAUGCCACAAGAAAGAGGUCGCUGUCGAGGAAUUGAAAACUCUAAAAUUUGAAAACGAGGGAGAAAUUCGUGAAUUGAUCGAGGAAAAAUGCAAUUACGAGAAGAGAUUUUAUUUGAGUGAAGAUGAACGUAACCGAUUGAUGAGAAUGGUAAAAGAAUUUGAAAGUAAAUUAAGAGAGGUCGAGAAUAAUAAUCAUAUUCAAUAUUACAAAUAUGUGGACGAAAUAAAGAAAUUAAAAGAGUCUUUGAGAGAAUUGGAUCGAUGCAAAGUCCUGGCUUCGAGACGGGCUAAUAUUUUAUUAGUGAUUAUGAUGAUUUUUAUUGUAGUGGGGGCUUAUUUUGCUAGUGACUCAUUGAAUAAAUUGAAGACCUAUCUCGAACCAUUUUCUCAAUAA